UUUUAAAACAGUUUUACGCUUUAUGGUUACUAGGCAACAAGAGGGCCUCUAGAGCAAGAAGACUGGGUAGAUAGUAUGGCAGCUGUCAGCAGCCUCGUGCCUUCUCGUUUCCUAACACUGACUGCUCAUCUAGUCAUCGUCAUUAUCAUUUUUUGGGGCAGGGAGAACAAUGUCCUUGCUUGCCUACCCCUUGACUAUACACAACAGGAAUUUGCAUCUCGUGACACUGAGUUGAUUGUGGCUCUCUCUGUAACAUUAGGACUGUUUGCCAUCGAGUAUGCUGGAUUCCUUUCAGGGGUUUCCAUGUUUAACAACACACAGAGCCUCCUUUCGCUGACUGCUCACUGUGCAGCUUCUGUCAGCCUUUCUCUAUUUGUGUCCGAGAAAUGGGAGUGUAUAUCCUACUGGUACAUCUUUGCUUUCUGCAGUGCCCUUCCAGCCUUUACAGAACUUCUCAUCUUUAUUGCUGUUUUUGGAUUCAAGAGAAAACCACUAUGAACUUUCUUACAACAAUGCAAAGCACCUCUAUUACUAUGGAUAUACAUUGUACAGAUAGGUUCCUUCAUGGACCCAACUCCCUUCAUAAGGGACACUGUACUGCAAAAUUGGUUUUCCCUUUAAAGGUACAUGAAACAUUACCCCCCCCCCAUAGGAUUCACAUAGAACAUAAAAUUAAACAACUUUCUUGUAAA